AGAAGGAAUUCCCCAAUCUCAACUCUUUUCGUCUCAUCGUUUUCAAGCUCCCUCUCAUCUGCGGCAAUGUCGGGGCGCGGCAAGGGAGGAAAGGGGCUGGGCAAGGGCGGCGCCAAGAGGCACCGGAAGGUGCUCCGGGACAACAUCCAGGGGAUCACGAAGCCGGCGAUCCGGAGGCUGGCGCGGAGGGGCGGCGUGAAGCGCAUCUCCGGGCUCAUCUACGAGGAGACCCGCGGCGUGCUCAAGAUCUUCCUCGAGAACGUCAUCCGCGACGCCGUCACCUACACCGAGCACGCGCGCCGCAAGACCGUCACCGCCAUGGACGUCGUCUACGCGCUCAAGCGCCAGGGACGCACCCUCUACGGCUUCGGCGGCUGAUCACCUUCUGGUCGUCGUAUGGUUCGGCUUGUUAGGGUUUGUGCUGUGUGUGCUGUUUGGGGGGUCGAUGGCUUGUACUCUGGGAUGGAAUUUAUGGCAUAUGAAUGAACAGAUUUGGUCUUGCUGGGUAGUUGAUUUGGUGUUACAGGAAUUAGUGUAUGUUUGUUGGUUGGUUCCAGUUUUUUUUUUGUUCGAUACCGGUGGUUAACUGCGGUAUCUGAAGGCUAAGCUAUUCUGGACUGGAACCCUGAAGACUCAUUUUUCGAACCCUCUGUUUCUCUGUUAAAUUGUCUGAACUUAAUACUCUGUACAAGAUUCAGUCACAUGGUCUGAUCUCU